AUGGAUCUCACUGAAAAAUAUAUGCUUAUCGAAGGAAAGGUGGACUGGAAAGGAAGAACUGCUACAAAGAAUAAGCACGGUGGCAUGCGGGCUGCUAUCCUUGUAUUAGCGACGUUUGCAUUCGAAAACAUGGCGAACUUGGCACUGGCAGUGAAUCUGGUGACAUAUUUCAAUACGGUGAUGCAUUACGACAUAGCCGAUGCAGCAAACCACCUAACGGAUUUCAUGGGUACUGGUUAUAUUCUUUCGAUCGUUAUGGCUUGUCUUGCUGAUGCCUACAUUGGUCGAUUUAGAACUGUUCUUAUCGCGGCAUUUAUAGAAUUUGUGGGGCUUGCAUUACUCACAUUACAAGCUCACUACCCGAAACUGAAGCCACCGCUUUGUAACAUAUUUCUUCCAACAUCAAACUGUGAGAAAGUAAAUGGAGGAAAUGCUGUGCUGCUGUUCUUGGCGAUCUACCUGCUGGCUGUUGGUGGUGCAGGUGUUAAAGCAGCAUUGCCAUCACAUGGAGCAGAUCAAUUCGACGAAAAAUACCCGAAAGAAGCUACACAGAUGUCCACUUACUUUAACUGGCUGUUACUUGGCGUUGCCGUGGGGGGUUCGGUUAGCUUAACGUGCUUUGUGUGGGUUCAAGACAACAAAGGUUGGGAUUGGGGGUUCGGGCUUUCGACCAUUGCUAUGUUCUUGGGAGCGCUCAUCUUUGUUUUCGGGUUGCCACAGUAUCGUAUAUAUGUUGUGCAAGGAAGCAGUGCCAUUACAGAAAUUAUACAGGUUUAUGUUGCAGCCAUUAGAAAUAGAAAGCUUCAGUUUCCAGAGGACCCUUCUGAACUACAUGAGAUCCCUAUGGACAAGGAAGCUGCACUUCAAGAGGAAUUCUUACCUCACAGAGAUGUUUACAGGUGGCUAGACAAAGCAGCGAUCGUUUCCGAUGAUUCCGAAUCGCCAAGUCCAUGGAAACUUUGCAGGGUUACGCAAGUCGAAAAUGCGAAAAUCUUACUAGCAAUGGUUCCGGUUUUUCUGUGUAGCAUUAUCAUGACGCUUUGCCUAGCUCAGCUCCAAACAUGGUCAGUUCAACAAGGAGUCACCAUGGACAUCAAGCUCACAAAAUCCUUCAAUAUGCCACCUGCAUCCCUUCCCAUUAUUCCUGUCGCAUUCCUCGUCAUCAUGAUCCCGAUCUACGACCAAAUCUUUGUACCUUUGAUGCGUAAACUUACUGGGAUCCCGACUGGCAUAAGAUACUUGCAAAGAGUAGGAGUCGGGCUUAUCCUCUCUUCGUUAUCAAUGGCAAUCGCGGGUGUUAUGGAAGUGAAGCGAAAAAAUGUAGCGAAAGAUCACGACAUGUUAGACGCGAUCCCUCUUCUUCAACCGUUGCCCAUAAGUGUUUUCUGGUUAUCCUUCCAGUAUUUCAUCUUCGGUAUCGCUGAUAUGUUCACGUACGUGGGACUGCUCGAGUUUUUCUACUCGCAGGCGCCAAAACCAAUCAAAUCCAUCUCUUCUUGCUUUCUUUGGAGCUCGAUGGCAAUCGGGUAUUUCAUGAGUAGUAUCAUGGUGAAGAUCGUGAACCACGCCACGAAAGGGGCGACAAAAAGCGGAGGAUGGUUGGCUGGGAACAACAUAAACAGGAAUCAUUUGGAGUUCUUCUACUGGAUGCUUGCAAUAUUGAGUUUGAUCAAUUUUGCAGUCUAUCUGCUUGUUGCUAUGAGGUACAAGUAUAGGCCACAGAGUCUUGAUGUUGAGCAUGAGUAUGAAGAACAUCAAUUGAAGACAUUGAAACCUUCAUCAACAAUGGAGGAUUUAUGA